CGCGGGCGGAAGUGCGCGGCGCGGCCAUGGCGGGAGGGAUGAAACCAGCCCCGGGGCGGCGGCGGCUCCGGCUCCUGGGGACCCUGGUGCUGCUGCUGCUGGUGGGGGGCGCCGGCGCAGGCGCAGAAGGUGCCAAGCAGCCGGUGAUCCGACUUGAAGAAGGGCGGGUGCGCAAUGCGACGGCCCCGCAGCAGUUCUGCUACACCAACGCGGAGACCCCGAAAUGGCACGACAUCUGGACCCGGAUGCAGGUAGGAACCGGCGCCCGCUUUGCCUGCUGCCGCAAAGCCAGGUCUGCGUCUCACUGCCGCCCCGCCCCCAUCAUUUGCAUUCAAGCCGGGAGUCCGAAUGAAAGAAGCUUUGUUGGGUUUUCUUGAACCAGCAAAAGAACUUCUCAGACCAAACUAGGGUGACCAGAUGUCCUGAUUUUAUAGGGAUAGUCCCGAUAUUUGGGGCUUUUUCUUAUAUAAUCACCUAUUACUCCGCACCUCCUGUCCCGAUUUUUUUACACUUGCAGUCUGGUCACCCUAGACCAAACCCCCUUGUCUCUUUAUCUCCUCUCCUUGGGGCAUGCGCGGUAGCAACAAGGUAAGGGCUGGUCCCCAGGAUAGAAAUUUCUUGCUUGGACCUCUCCCUGUGUCUGAAUGCUCCUGUGUUCCUAGCCUUUGUACCUUGCCCUUCUCGUCCUGUGGUUUAUGUGAGGUUAGCAGCCGGAAUGUGCUAGGGGCUGUACAGGCAGGUGGGAGCACAGUAAGGCCAAAGGACGACCACAGUUGUCCUAGGAACACACUGUAGCGGUCAGAGCCAGCAGGCUUGGUUGCAGGACUCCUGGGUUCUAUUCCCAGCGUUGGGAGGAAGUGUCGUGUAGUGGUUAGAACAAUGGACUGGGCGUCAGGAGUUCAAGGUUCUCUUCCCCCCGGCCCUGCCGCUCACUCAUGUGGCCUUGAGCAAGUCACUUAAGCUCUCUGGGUGUCAGCUGGAAACCAGGGAGCAUGCCUGCUGCGGGCGAGUGUUCGCUGGUGGGGAAGCUCGCCGAGUCGCUGGCUAAAGGGGACACUGCUGUCACGGGCACCUGUUUCCAGCAGUGUCAGACGUAGGUGCAAAGUAGUGUCCCCCUGCUGCUUGUCAGGCAAAGGAACUUGAAGGCAAAGGAGCCCCGGGGACGACUCAGGGUAGGGAAAACGAGAGGAACUGCUGGUUGGCGGCUGGCAUGGGGGGGGCUCUCAAAGCGUUGGCGUUCAUACCCGAGGCUUAGUCAGACAUCAGUGCAGGGCUGUUCCUCCCCCUGACGCCUCUUGUCACCCUGAUCUCCCCCGCCACAGCGGGCAGACGCUAUCCUAGUUUCUCACAGUGGCUGCCCCGAGGCUGCGUCUGACGUUUGCAGAAGUGGCAAGUUUCUGUCAGGACACUUCAUGUCACGGUUUCUUGGUCUGAGAUCCGUGGCGCUGUUCUUCACAUCCGCCUCUUCCGGCCGGAGGUGGGGGGAAGGAAUCGCAUCAGAGAACCAUGGGUUUGUAAUUUAUUCCAUAAAGCUAUCAAAGGCGAAACUGCCUGGCGAGCGGGUCAGGGAAUGAAUAAAACAAGCCCAUUGAGGGAAGUUUGUACAAUCAGCGCUUAAGCUCCUUCUGUCUGAGAGACUCGGCAAUUUUAACAAGAAUGCUUCAGUUCAGACCCCGGCUGGGAGCAUUACCCCCCAGUUACAGAUGGGGAAACUGAGGCAAGGGGAG